AUGUCAUUGAGAAAAGUUAGAUCUCUACCAUCUUUGAGGGUACUAGCGGAAGUUUCAAACCCAUUAGUGAGGGUUCCUCCUCCUUCUUUCACAUAUCAAACUAGACAGGUUCACAAUACUAAGAAAAACGAACACAGCCCCAUGCUUUCUAGUGAUUCUCAUGCUUCGUUCACCAGGAUGAGUUUGAAGACUUUGAAGAAUGAGUGCCGUACCCGCGGGUUGAAAGUUAGCGGUAAGAAGACGGAAUUGGUGGAAAGAAUUCUGUUAUUUGAAGGAUCUAGCUCUAAAAAAUUGCAUACAUCGGCUAUCCAACGAGCCAAGAACGAUUCUUCACACAUCGAUUCUAUGAAGAUCCCGAACGUUGCUAAAUUGGAAGCUGAGGCAGAGAGCAGGAAAACGGAUUACAUAGUGAAAGUCCCAUCAAUAGUGAAUAAUGCAGCUACUGAACCGAAGACAAAGAUCGAAAAAGACUACGAAAAGAAGCUGCAACCGGCAGAUAAGAAGCCGCUAGCAGAAAAUGUCGGCACCGUAGCUACUCCAGACGCUGAUAAUGUCAUUCAGACUCCUUCGGUCAGUGAUUCGAUAAAAGUGGUGAACCCAGAAGAAGAACUUAGAUCCGGAUCCAGUGAACAGGGCAGAAGUUAUUCUCAACAAGAUGAAGAAUUGACAUCUAGGGAUAAGAAGUUUUUACUUGGAUUUGCUGGAACAGUGGCAGCAUGGUGGUCAUUGCGAUUCUGGAAAAAAGAGGAGUCAAAAAAAUGA